GUCGCACAGUCUGUCUGUCUCUGGAAAAAGAAAACUACUCGUUGUCAGUAAAGUUGUAGAUACUGAAGCUCAAAAUGAAGAUGUUGGUUUUUCUGGCCCUUCUGGGUCUACACAGCGCGGCGGCAGUGACUCACUCUCUGAAGUAUUUCUACACUGGGUCCUCUCAAGUCCCAAACUUCCCAGAGUUUGUGUUUGUUGGGAUGGUUGAUGAGGUUGAGAUGAUUUACUGUGACAGCAACACCAAUAAAGCAGAACCCAAACAGGACUGGAUGAACAAGGCAACAGAUCAACAGUACUGGGAGAGGGAGACUGGGAAUUGUUUGGGUUACCAGCCGAGCUUCAAAGGCAACAUUGAAAUUGUAAAGCAGCGCUUCAACCAAACUGGAGGUGUCCAUAUUUACCAGCUGAUGUACGGCUGUGAAUGGGACGAUGAGACUGAUAAGGUGGUUAAUGGUUUUUCUCAGUUUGGUUAUGAUGGAGAAGACUUCAUUACAUUUGACUUGAAGACAGAGACAUGGAUCGCUCCAAACCCACAAGCUGUCAUCACCAAACACAAGUUGGAUAGUAACAAAGCUAUUAACGCACAGAGAAAGAACUACCUCACCCAGAUUUGUAUUGACUGGCUGAAGAAGUAUGUGAACUACGGGAAGAUCUCUCUGCUGAGAACAGAGCGUCCCUCACUCUCUCUCCUCCAGAAGACUCCCUCCUCUCCAGUCAGCUGCCACGCUACAGGUUUCUACACUCACAGAGCCAUGAUGUUCUGGAGGAAAGAUGGAGAGGAGCUUCAUGAGGGACGUGGAGAGAUCCUCCCCAACAACGAUGGAUCCUUCCAGAUGAGUGCUGUCCUGGACCUUUCAUCAGUCAAACCUGAAGACUGGGGGAAGUACGAAUGUGUGUUUCAGCUCUCUGGUGUGAACGACAUCGUCACCAAACUGGACAAAGCUGUGAUCAGAAGCAAUGAAAAGACUGACAUGACCAUCAUCAUCGUUGUUGCCGUGGUUGUUGUUGCUCUCGUCGUCAUCGCUGUUGUUGGAUUCAUGGUUUACAAGAAGAAGAAAGACGGCGAAGCCAAAGUCCUUAAUAACUCUUCUGACUCCGGCUCUGAGCAAUCUGAGAGACUGAAACCACAACCCUGAAUGACAAACACACCAACCUGCACACAGUUUAUGGAUAAAUUGUGCACUGAAGCAAAGACAGAUGCCAAAUUCUCCUGUCAUCUGUAAACUGUCAAUAAAUUGGUUAUUAAUCAUUCAUGUUAUAAAUGUAGAAUUAUAGUGGUUAUCUGGUUAAUCUUUUAGUUGGUGAUUAGUAAAAUUGGAUUACUGUAAAGAAAACAAAUUUAAAAGGCAUUUUGGUCUCAAAAGCAUUAUUUACACACUACACUUACAUACACAAUAUAUUUUUGAGGUUUUGGUGUUUAUGUGAAACAAAUCCACAAUGUCCAUAGUUGAAUAUUUCUGGUGGUGGGGUUUACCUGGUAAAAUCACACACACACACACACACACACACACACAUACAUACAUACAUGUCACAAUUCAUUCAUUGGAUUUUUGCAUCAGUUGGAUGAAGUGUCUUGAUAUGCCUGGUAUUUAUUUUAAUGGACAGGUUUAGUGUUAGACACAUUCCUGUCUGAUUAUUUUAUCUAUAAUCUGUUUAUUGAAUUUGCAGAACGAUUAACUGUAUCACAAUAUACAAAUAUCUCUACAGUGAUAUAAAAUAAAUAUACAGUGAUAGAAGGUUUUUCUUGUUGCCCACCACAAACACUCAAAUAUACAGAAUAAACAUUAUUUUCCAGGUGUGUAAAUAUUCUCGCUUGUUAAUUUCUUUUAAAAUUGAUCAAGUAAAAAGUUUUAGAUUAAUUAGUAAUAAUUUGUGUGUUUGAUGUUUUUACUACUUAAUCAAGUUGUUUUUCUUAAUUGAUGUUUUUUCUUAAUAAGUCUUUUCCAUAUUGUUAUACUGUAAUUUUAUUUUGGUAAGUAAAGGGACGGGUUUUCUUUCUCUGUUGAGUUUCUGUAAACAUGUAAGACGUUGAACAGCUUGUUGCUCAAAAUCACUUUGUGUGUUGGAUGACGAUGAAAGUCAAAGUCUGUUGCACUGCUGUUUGAUUCUUUUUGUAAUUUGAUUUCAAUAAAGUCCCCAAAAUCCCAAAA